AUGCUUGGUUCUAGUGGUCGUGUAGUUCUACCGGUUGUAAUUUGGGGUCCCCAACCACCUGACCACCCGGUAACAUGUAUAUUGGCAUCCCCGGACGGUUUGGAUCUAGUAACUGGAUCUCAAGAUGGCACUCUCAUCCUAUGGAGCAGUCGAAAGUCUUCCGAGUAUAUACCAAAGUGGAUGGUUAUCGGUCAUCACACAACGGUCCGGAAUAUUUGCCUUGCUGAAUCUGCGGGUCAUGGACUUAGGAACUCCUUUUUCAGCCAUUCGGAUGCAGGGGAAAUGGCUCUAUGGGACUGGCAUGAUGGAAAGUGCUUGGAAUUCAAAGUGGAUACUCGGUAUCAGCAUGUCAACAUCAAGCAGAAUGAUACCAUCCGCGUAUUCGAGGUCACCUAUCCAGGUUUGGGGGUCUUACUGGACUUCUUCAUUGCUCGUUCGAGCAACCAGUCAACUGUGAAAUUAAAGAGCACCGGCUACAAUGGGCAGUCUUGUCGUAUACCAGACCCAAUGUCGAACUCUGUGGUCUCCUCACCGUAUACUCACACCCAAGUUUUCACUAAUGAAGUCGUUUUGGGAAUAUCUCAUUCAAACGUCGCAACACUGUGGACUUUAAAUGGUGAAGAGGUUCAGGGUGAAGUAAAGUAUGAACAUGAGUCCAGAACACUUGAUUGCCUUUCCACUGUAAUUCAAGUGGAUUGUUGCCCCCUGUCCCCGCGGUGUGUGCUGUUGGUGACUCGUAAUGGAUGGCAAUUGCUGGAUGCCAUGGCUUGCUCAAUUUUUCACUCCCACCCUAACCCGGACAAGGACCCUCUGGUCGGUGGCCAGUUCCUUGACCGUAAUGCUGUGCUGGUGUAUUGUCGCUCGGGCGCUGCUUUAGUCUAUCGCUUCGAUACACGAACUCCUUCCGGAACCACAUCAUUGUCCUGUGGCUAUGCUGCUUUAGUCGCGAGGUUGCUGCCCCCUACCGACAAGGAGUUCUCCUUCGUAGCAGAACCAAUGUGUCAUUUACUCAUCAGCCCGUCACAAGAGUCCCCACCAUUCCUCCUGGGAGGUACCUCACGCGGGCAACUAUUACAUUGGCGUUUGGACCGAACCGUGCUUGGUGACGGUACUGCGAAUACUCCUCAGGAGUCGGAUGCAGCACACACAUUCCAACCUUCUUUUGUGAGUGAUCUGGUUUCAACCUGGCGCCAGCAUCCCCCGAAUCCUUUGCUGUCUCUGUCAACGACCGAGUCCUCUUCGACUGGAAAGCCGCUUGUUACCAAUGCUUUGGAGGGAUUAACCGUCACAGCGUGCAUUCAGAUUUCCCAAAUGAUGUCGAUCCGUCAGGGCUCCCCUGAGCAUUUGUCGCCACGACGAUUGGCGUUUGGGUUUUCCAACGGUCAGAUUACAAUAGUGCGGCUGGCCGAUUUUUUACGGACCACCUAUUGGACUUCCGAUUUCCGAUCAUCGGCACGUUUAACGAACGCGGACAGUUUGUUGAAACACAGUCGUUUUCAUCUCUGUGGUCAUGUUGGUCCUGUGACAAGUUUGCUACACCCUGCCAGCGCUGAUGAGUACCUUGUUCAGAGUUGCGAUGACAGAACAAGCGGCAGUAGCAUCGACUGCGUCAACUGUCAGUUCAAUCCUGAUCAUUUGGUUUCCGGAGGUGCUGACUUCACUGUCCGUCUUUGGGAUUUGGAUCCGUGGCGUGGAGGCUUGGCAGAACGUGUACGAAGCCGUCGGACUGAUAAUGCAACGGAGAGUUCAAGCCUUGAUCCAGCUUGUCUGGCUGUGUUUCAGUGCCACGCAUCGCCCUGUAUUGCACUUACAAGUUGCAUCUGUUCCGUUGGGGCCGAUGGCUCCGUUUCGGUCAUCAACUUAUCUGAGCAGCGACACUUGCUGUCUACUGGCGCCGCGCACUCCCUCUCCGAUUCACCUGUUAUGGCAAUCGGUUGGAGGGUACCCGAAGACCUUUUGCUGAUCGCUCAUGUGGACGGUUCUUUGGAGAUUUGGGACGUAAUGAUCGGUUGUCUGGAGCGGUUGGAACGAGACCAGCUUGCCAGGGAUGUUCUUGAGCAGGCUCACUUUGUUGUCGAAGUUCAGAAUAUGCCGGCUACGUUCGGAUUCGCUGCUUCCGUCGUCCCAUAUCUACCGAAUACCAGAAGUCAAAACUCUUCCGUCUCCUUCCCUUCUUUUUGCGGGAGCGUCAGUCAGUUCGCCUGCGCUGCUUCGGUAAAAUUUGCUGCUAGCUCCAGGCGGCGUUGGCCUCAUUCCGCCGCUUCUGUUUGUUCAGCAUCACCCCGGCUACAGGAAUUAUCAGUAGUGCAGUUGCAAACUGUGGGGAGUACCUGUUCGAGCUCAGCUGAUCUACUAUCCAGUGGACCUGCGGCACUCGUUUUUCACUGGGAUGUUGAAUCGGCGAUAGUUGACUUGCUUGCGGAAAACGAAAAAGUUAACACUGAUGGUUCGCCCGAUAUUGCCAUCACCCAUACGGCAUCCAAUGCUCGUUUCGAGCUUGUUCAACUAUUACUGUCCAUUGUCCAUCCAUGGGGGGUGGAUACCGGCGCCGAUCGUGCUCUCCGCGCGUGUCUCAGCUUCACCAAAGAAUCACCGAAUGGCACGGACGAUGAAGUCAUGUCCAGGCCUCGUCUACACGACACCCUGUGUCUUGGAUUGCUCUCCAGACACGGAUGUUUGAGUAUCAGCAUGCCUGGAUGGCCUUCGGUACCGCACGGCCAAAACAGUCCAGUGCCUCAAUCCAGUUCAUCUAGAUUACACUCCCUUCAUUCGUUGGUCAGCACGACCAUGCUGCUUACGGAAAUGAGCCUGGUGGAGACUCUGACAUGUCUCUCUCCUGACUAUCUUGUCAGGUUGUUCGAACCAGUCAUAAGAACCCCGCUUCAACCUGAACGCGAUGGAGAAUGGCCAGCUUGUGCUACAAUACGAGCAAACUGGCUGCAGUUGGCGGCCCGCCUAAUUGGCCCAGUGGCCCAGUCUACGAUAUCGGUCCCUACCGAAGCAAUUGGUCAGUUUGCUCAAUUGGAGUACCUGGUUCGAAAAUGGCAAGAUAGAACGUUGCCUGUGCGUUAUGCUUCUCGCACACUCCUGCUAACCUUGCUUGACCAUAUGGGUGAUAUGAGCCGCCAAAAUCUAAUCGAUCUAUGGUCCAAGCUGCUACCACUAUUCUCCCAAAGUUCUAGGCGCUCCUCUGUCCUACAUUCGACUGGUUCAGUGGUCAAUCAUGAUCGCGACGUCAACGGAAGUUCUCCUUCAUUGUCUGGUCCGGUUCGCAAACAGAGUAUACCUCCGAUUCCGUUGGAGUCUGGCGGUGGUCAGCGUCUUUCAACCACGAUUAUAAAUGGUGGUCCGUACUGUGAUCAACCGAGUUCCCCCGGUCAGUAUCGAUCCGACGCAUCCCAGCAACCAGUCCUAACACAGGCAAAAGAUGUGUGUAGAAGUGGUUCUCUGUGUUUGAUGAGCUCAGCUUCUUUGGAGUCCGGAUAUUUUUACGUUGAUGUUGGUGAGCACUUGUUGUCACUGGAUGGAUAUCGGCUUUCUGCUAGAGGUUACGCUGGUUUACAAGCAAUGGCCACAGUAAUCCUAGGUGUGAUCGGUUUCCGAUUUGGUGCCGGAGUAAAACACAGACAUCCUGCAGUGGCUUCUCGGGAUCUGAUUUCUGACAUUGACCCCAUAUCUGCGGAACGCGGCAGUGCUGCUACAUCUCGCGGACUGGCUGCCGCUUGUUUCGCUUCGCCUGACACCCACGAUCGACACGCUGAUGUUGGGGCUCAGUCCACCUCCGAGCCAACGAUACAGCAGUUUUGUGAGGACACUUCAGACGAAAACUAUGCUGUGCCAGAAGGUUUUCGCGUAGAUAACUAUCAGUUGGCUCGGGCAUUGAGUCAGUGUUUAACAGCUCUCCUUCUGAAUCGAGUUCCUCAGGCAUCUUCUACACCACUGCAUGGUCCGGAUUUCUCUAGCGGUGACUCUCCAUCAACGGCAGCUAGUGCAAUGGCUGCUAUGCUUUCUAGCAACGUCCAUACUUCACUUCGUCGUGCGGCCAUCGACUUGCUUGGACGCGGUUUUAUUGUCUGGGAACCGUAUGUGGAUUUGAAUCAGAUUAUCAACGCAUUACUGCCGCUGACAGCCAAAGCUGAGAGCCUUCUCUCUUCGAUUCCGAAAUGGCAGCCUUUAUCUGACCGCAUUGAUCUCGCGCGUACGGCAAGAGAAGCUCUAUGGGCGAUAGCUUUUGCGCGUCCGAAAGCAGUUACUCUAACUCUUUCAUUGGAGGUUCGACGAUUUGGAGUACAAAUCAAUGCGGCAGCAGCUGCAGCUACGAAUACUCCACCAGCAACUUCGAAAUCCACUCAUGGACAAACACUCAUGACACAAGCACCCGUGGCGGGCUUUGGCAACACCUCCGUCCUUCCAAAGGAUGGCGACUCAGUCGUACUUCAGUCGCUUGUUCCUCGCGAACAGGCUGAUGUUUCAUCGCCUUCAACCGCUGCUCCAAACAUGAUGGUGAUGAUGGCCUCGCCGGCAGUUGCUGCACCUGUUUUCGGUCCUGGCACCCCUUCCAAUCCUCCUGAAUCGCAUGCGCAUGGUAA